AAAGAAAAGGAUAAAAACAACAACUAAAAAAAGUCGCCUCUUCCCCGGGGUUGCCACCCAAAGCGGAGCCCGGCUUGGAUCGUGCCCGGGGCUCUGGCUGGAGGUUUUGGGGGGGUCCGUCGCGAGAUGUACCAGAGCUUAGCCAUGGCCGCUAAUCCGGGCCCGCCGGCCUACGAGGGCGCAGGUGGCUUCAUGCACAGCGCGGCUGCAGCGUCGCCCGUCUACGUGCCCACCACGAGGGUCACCUCGAUGCUGCCCAGCCUGCCUUACCUCCAGAGCGGCGGCUCGUCGCAGCAAGGCAGCCCCGUCUCCAGCCACUCCAUCUGGACUCAGCCGGGAGCCGAGAGCGCCGCUUACAACGCGGGAUCUUCCCACCCGCCCGUGUCACCUCGCUUCUCCUUCUCCACCAGCACCCCCAUCCCGGCCACCUCAUCGCGCGAGGCCGCGGCCGCUUACAGCAGCUCCCUGAGCCUCUCUGCUAACGGGAGGGAGCAGUACGGCCGGGGCUUCGGCACCUCCUACUCCGGCCCGUACCCGGCGUACGUGAGCCCCGAAAUGGCCACCACCUGGACUUCCUCGCCCUUCGACAGCCCCAUGCUGCACAACCUGCAGAGCAGAGGGACGCCCGGCGCCGCCAGGCACGCCAACAUCGCAGAAUUUUUUGAUGAUUACUCAGAAGGUCGAGAAUGUGUCAACUGUGGGGCCAUGUCUACCCCACUCUGGAGGAGAGACGGCACAGGGCACUACCUCUGCAACGCCUGUGGCCUCUACCACAAGAUGAACGGCAUCAACCGACCCUUGUUCAAACCUCAGAGGAGGCUGUCGGCUUCCCGCCGCGUUGGCCUCUCCUGUGCCAACUGCCACACGACGACAACCACGCUCUGGCGUAGAAACGCCGAGGGAGAACCAGUCUGUAAUGCCUGUGGACUCUACAUGAAGCUCCAUGGGGUUCCAAGGCCUUUAGCAAUGAGAAAAGAAGGCAUUCAAACACGGAAGCGUAAGCCAAAGAACCUUAACAAAACAAAGACACCAGCAGGUCCAUCCAGCAGCGAGAGUCUUACCCCAACCACCAGCUCCGCUAGCAGCAGCAGCAGCGCCACGACCACUGAGGAAAUGCGCCCCAUAAAAACAGAACCAGGGCUUUCAUCUCAUUACGGGCACCCCAGCCCAAUUUCUCAGGCAUUCUCGGUCUCUGCUAUGUCUGGACACGGAUCUUCUAUUCACCCUGCGAUUUCAGCCCUGAAGCUGUCCCCGCAGGCUUACCAAUCAGCCAUCACCCAGUCUCCACCGACCAGCUCCAAACAGGACUCCUGGAACAGCCUGGUCUUACCUGAAAACCAUGGGGACAUCAUAACUGCAUAAGCUGGUCUUCCUCCCAUGGACUUUGGGCUGAUCUGCUCGAGAAACGACGAAGAUGCCAAGUAAUAAUCAACCUGAUGUUGUUUCCAGCCUCCCCUGCUCUCCUGACUUCCGUCUCCUUGUGAGAUGUUCCAGCAAAGAGGUAAAGAAGACUUCUCGGAGGUGUAGGAGGGCUCUUAUAAAACAGAGAAGACUCCAAUCUCAGCGUAGCUAAUGGAUUUGAAGCAGUUUUUCCCCUUCAAACAAGCAUCUCUUUAUUUGACUCUCACCACCUAUUAUGAAAUGGCCAGAAGCAAAGAUGGACACAGUUACUGGGAUUUGUUUAUUUAAAAACAUCAGGCAUUGACAAUUCAGACAGUGGUGGCACAGAGACACUUGUUUUUUUUCUUCUCUCACCGUCCAUAAGUGAUUCAUUCUUCUUUCCAGAAGAAAACGUUAUCAUCUUAUUAUCCAAACUCAGUGAUCUUCCACCAAACGGAGCCAAUUUCUUGCACAGACUUCAGUAGACAUGCUGUGGUAGAUUUAGUGGAGUUGAUAUAGGGCAAAGAAAAAAGACACUCCCCUUUCCCCCCAAAAAAUGAGCUCACUCUCACUAGAGUGUGCCUUUAUUUUCCUAAAUGGUUUCAAAACCAUAAUGAAUGCCCAUAUUUAAUAACUCUUUUCUAUUUGUCAUUACAAAAUCAUUGAACUGUGUUUCCAAAAGGCUGUUAGAUGAGCCUGGAGAAGGUCUGUCUGUCUGGGGAUUUUAUAAAGGAAACCUUCUGGAAGCGGGUAGAAGAACAUUGGUUAUCAAAUCCUGAAGGAAACUGUGACUCUUCCUUUAAGGAUAGCUACAAGCCAGACUUGGAGAUUAUUCCAGAGCAUAGCAAGUGACAAUUGCUCUUCCAGUGCUGCUGUGCUCUUGUUCUAGAGACAUUUAAUUUAAGUAUGUUUCAUCUUUUUCUAUUUCUGUUGGUUUUGCUGCCAUUGAUGAAAUCUGAUUGCCAUUUAUUUUUGGGUGUACUAUGAGUGCCAUUUUGCUCCAACAACUGGGCCAUGACCAUUCCCCACACAUAACCCUUAAGGAUUUCACUUUCCACAACAAAUAACGUAAUUCUUCAUCUUUGGGAUCUUCAGCUCUCUAAUGGAGGCAAGCAAGGGCCAUUUUCUUUAUUUGCUUGCCUAAAAAAGAAGCACAACUCCUUUUUCAUAUGAGUAUUAAACAAGAGACUGGUGUUCACUCUUGCUCAACACGCUCCCAGCAACCACAGAAUCCUAGAAAAUUGAGCUUGAAGGGAUGCUGAGAGAUCACUGGCUUAUUCCCUUGUCCCAGAGGGAUCAACUCCACCUGAGCUAUCCCUGGUUGUUAUUGUCUAGCACGUGCUUAACAAACUCCAGCAAUGCAAAUGACACAGCCCCCUUUGCAAUCUUUCCCAGUGCUUCUCUAGAUGUUUGCUAGGAUGUUUUCAUCAACAUCUUCAAGGAGGGCGAUGCCUGCUUCUCUAACCAGAGAAUUUGGAGAUUUCUCAUCCAAGCAUGAUUCCCCAUUCUUGUUUCUGUCCAAACUCUCUCUCAUGCUUCCUCUUGCUUUCUCAGCUCUUCUCUUUCCUCUCUGCACUCAGAACGUGAGUAUGGAACCACAGAGUGAAAGUCUAGAAGAGGAAUUGUCCUGAAGUAUAUGAAGUCCUUCUUCUCUUUCUGCUGAACAUUUUUAGAAAGCAUGUUCCCAACCGAGGUACCCAGGUACAUGACUUGGGGAGAAGAACAGCCAUGCACAUGAUUGAAGCAAAAGGAUGGGAUUGUAUUGUCUUUGUCCAAGCUCUCCCUUUUCUCCUGAUGGUAGAGAUGCUUUUUUUACAGAGAAGCAUUCAGCUGGACUUGUCUUGACGGUGACUGGGACUGCAUGGAGUGGAAUCACAGUAGAUGCUUGAACUCCUUCACAUUUUCUCUGCUCUGAGCAGUAACUCAGAUUCACAGGGUUUUGGAGGGCUGUUGGAGUCUCUGCUUCCCAGAGAAGAGCAUAGCAACGAUGCCAGAGGCCUUGCAGGACAAUGUUUACAUCUUGAAGGCCUUCUGGUGGGCUUCUCUGUAGAAGCAUCGUCCUGACUUGGCAAGGAGUGACCUUCACUGGCUUAUGGGAGUCCAAACUCUGGGAGUUUUUUCAAUUCCUCCCUACUAAGACGAUCACAGAAUUUCUGCUCUUACUAAAGCUAAGGCGGGAUCUACCCUCAUUAGUGUGCUUACUAGAGAUAACAAAGAGUCAAUAAAACAUGAAUAAAAUAUUAUACUGAGAUGCUGUGAUGCUGCUGAGGCCUGGUAGGCCAUUGAGAAGCCAGGAUAUGACCCAACAUUCUGUAGACUUGCAUGAGUAUUGUAUCAGGCCCUUGGAGACUUAAUUAAGAUCAAGAGUAAGGGAAAGCAAUGAAAAGAAACUCAGUUCAGAGAAGUUACAAGUUCAAUCACCUGGGGACAAAUAGUACUGAAGAAUAUGAACUUGAGGUGAAGGCAUAAAUGUGUUUGUCCCCAGGCAUGCUGGUUUUUAGCCAGUCUCCUCCUUCAACUACAGUCUUUGGAAUCUGGCUGGGAAUUGAUGUUUGUGACUGGAUGUCUCCCCAGGUUCUGCUUGGCUAAACGCUCACAUUUUGGGAUACCACUGCAGGCAGCCUGAGGGGGAGGGAAACAGGUAACCUCUGGGAGAUGGGGCUAAGAUCCUGACCAAACACAUGUAGCAUAUCUCUCUCUGUGCUGGUGGUCCCAGGUGCUCUGUCUACCUUGCCCUAUUACUGUGCUCCUCCUACAGCCCUCAAAGCCAAAUGCCUUGGCAGAAACUUUAUUCUGCCCUUAAUACACACUCCGAGGUGCCAUGAGGAAGUGUUUUCGAAAUGCAAGAGGGAAACCUCCCCACAGGGCAUGAGCCUGGUGAUUGCCUGGCUUAUGCCACCUCAGAUUCUCUAGACAACCAUGGCAGAGCUUUAUUAACUGGUUCUCAGCCUUCCUUAAAGACUUAAAAAUGGUUCUUAGCAAAGAGUGAGGAGCUUUUACAAGAAUUUUGAUUACAAGACAGACAUCUGCUUUGAAACGGUGGAGCUCUGGAGCUGUGAGGACAAUCUGGUUCUCCUGAGGGACAGAAACGAGCUCUUUUGUCCCUCUUUUCCACUGUGUACAAUCGAGGUUCAGAUACUCCUGGUUCUGCUAUUCCUUUCAUUGUUGCAGACCUAUUUUUGACCCAGAACUUUCUGCUCAUACUCUGUACAACACUGAUAUUAAGAUGGUGAGAAACUGACUUCAGAUGGGGUACCACUGUGCUUGGUACUACACAAACAUACCAUAAUAGGUGGGUCCUCUCUUAGGGAGCUUAUAGUAACAGAAUUAGGGAAUAAUUUAAGUCAAAAGUGACUAGAUGAGGUUGUUCAGAGCCUGAUCAGUCAGGUUUUGAAUAUCUCCAAGGAUGGAAACUCUCCAUGUACUUGUUCCAGUGUUUGACCACUCUCAUGGCGGAUUUUUUCCCCAAUAAAUUUUAAUUAAUAUCAAAAGGUAAAACUGUUUAGAAAUUGAUUGCUCAGGCUGCAGACUCCCACAUGAGUCCUUUACUGCAAGAGGCUGAACACUGACUGCAAAUCCAUAGAGCCCCUUGAGCAGGUAGGAGCUGGAAUGGCCAGCACAGGAUAAGAAAUACUAGAAGUAACAGAUCUGGAAAUACGCACAGGACAUAUGACAAAAUGAUGGUAUGAAAUUGCUACCAUUUUCAGUGUAUUUAGCUCA